AUCGCGAGACUUAUCUCAAUAAUUCUGAUGGGCUUAUGCUGUGCUGCAUUACCCGUGCUCCUAAUACUUCAUACUUUUCCGUUAAUAUUUGAUUUUAUAUUACCAUUGAACGAAUCACGUCCCUGGCAAUUUCUUGUCGCCACGGAAUACUUUUUCAAUCAAGAGAAAUAUGUAUACGCUAUACUAUUACAUCAUAGCCUAGCUAUAGCCAUAGCAGCAAUCACGUUGUGUAGUACCAGUUCGACAUUCAUAAUGUCUGUCCUACACAUAUGUGCGCUGUUUAAUAUCGCAAGUCAUCGUAUAGAGAAUGCGAUGAAGUGGAACAUAUUAGCAAUAUCUGAUCCUAAAAGAGAGCAUCUCCUUUAUCGGAAGAUUGUACAUGCAGUUAUUGUACAUCGUAGGGCCAUCGAGUUUACUAAAUUCUUAACAACUGAAUUUGCGAUAUUAUUUGCUAUUUUGAUCUUAGUUGGCGUCUGCUCUUUAAGUUUAACUCUUUUACAAUUUCUUCAAUUGAUUACAUUAACGAAUAAUAUCACAGAAGCAUUCAUAUUUGCUGUGUUAAUUUUGGUUCAUUUGACUUAUAUGUUCGGUGCCAAUUAUGCGGGACAAAUAAUAACAGAUCAUGGAAUAAAGCUGUUCAAAGCAACUUAUAAUGGAAUGUGGUAUGCAGCACCAUUGCAUACACAGAAAAUGUUAUUAUUUAUAAUGCAAAAAGGAAUGAUAAACGUCAAUUUAAGACUCGGGAGCGUAUUUACUGCUUCCUUGGAAGGUUUCGCUAUGCUCACGAAUGCCGCAGUAUCAUAUUUCACAGUGAUUUAUUCUACGCGACAAUAACGAACUAGGAAGAAUAAUUCAUUAUUUAUCUAAAUCUUUAAAUUAACAGUGCGCGUGCGCGCAAAUAGAUAUACACAU